AUGGGUAAACCAUUCAUCCAAAUACUACUGAUUGCUAUAUUCCUCAUGAGCUUUGGUUGGUACCGGAGCCUUUUCCAGGAUUCUCUGAGACAUUUACUUCAGACCUGUCUGGCACCCACCAAUCAUGACCAACCUUCAACUAAAGAGCCGAGUCCUCCACCAAAAACUGAACUCCAACUAGAAAUAGACAGAAUAUAUGACAAAAUUAAAAAACUCAUCCCCGUUGUGACAUUCACACACUUUAACCAGACCACAAGUGGAAGGAACAGUAAGGUGUCCCUUGUAGACCCCCGAAAGACAUACUGUGUUGGAGAAGACUUUGUGGUACGGGUUGAUAUGUUUGAUCAUUUGGGCAAUAGGAAGACUUAUGGAGGAGACUUCAUAAGACCAAGACUCAUCUCUCAAGAACUUGGAGCUUCUGUCUCAGGAAUUUUGGAGGACUUUAAAAAUGGGUCUUAUCAUGUUCACUUUCCAUUGUACUGGGCCGGCAAGGUCAAAGUCAACAUUCUGUUGUUCUACCCGAGUGAAGGGGUGGCCGCUCUCUGGAGGUCAAGACACUCCAGUCAAGGAGUUGUUGGUUUCGAGGGGAAAUUUGAAAAGUUUGGUAAAGUUGCAGUGACUAAAUGUGGUUUCAAGCUCUCCAAUGAAGAUGGGAAGAAGAUCUGUGAGUACCACGACCCACUCUACGAGGAGGUCUACCACUGCUACAAAGUUCCAAAUUUUACUUGUGAGAGUCUGAAUGAAAUGAGGGGUUAUGACCUUCAUGCCUCGUAUCUUACCCCGGUGGAGCAGCAAAUUUUUCAGAGGUCAAAUAUUGUUAUACAAAUCCAAAGUGAAAUUCCGCCAAUCACAGUAAAUCAGUGCAACGCUUCAGGAAAAGCCCCACUACCAAAGUGUCAGACUGGAAUGAGCUCGCCUCUCCCGAGCGGAUAUUUCUACCAAAAAAUCUGGAAUCCGGUUUACUGUAACAUGACGGUUUAUAGAACGGGGGAUGACUUUAUUAAAUGUCUGCAGGGAAAGAAGCUCUUUCUCAUCGGAGAUUCCACGUUACGUCAGUUCAUGAUGCACUUCACCGAGGGGAUCAACAUAGUGAAAUACUUCAGAUACCAUCGCAGAGGAUGGACCGGUUGGGCUUUGACACUGGAAGCAUUGAACAUGGAGAAGGAUAUAUAUGUUUCCUACAAGAGGCAUGGAUUCCCAUUGGAACACAGUGGCUUCUACUACUUUAAGGAGGACCUGUACACCAGUCGUCAGAUUGACCAGCGUGCCGGGGGGAAGGAUACCAUUUUUGUGAUUACAAUGGGACAACAUUUUAGACAGUUCCCUCUAAAAAUUUUCAUUCGACGAGCUGUCAACAUCCGCAGAGCUCUGGAACGACUGUUCCUCAGGAGUCCCGACACCAAAGUCAUCAUAAAAACUGAAAACACCAGAGAGAUCUAUGCCUCAGUUGAAAGGCAAGGAGACUUCCAUGGAUACACUCAGUAUCUGGUCCUCAAGGAAGUGUUUCAAGGGAUCAAUGUUGGCUUUGUGGAUGCUUGGGACAUGACGGUGGCAUCGGCUACAAUGACUGUACAUCCUCCCGGUUAUACAUUUGGGAGUAUAAUGAGCCUGGCGUUCACCUUUGCUUGUUAA